GCAAAAUCAUCAGAGCCUCAGCUGUCUGAGUCUGCAGACAACAUCCAAGAUCGACAACGAUUUUAUGUUUUGUUUUCACAUCCUGCCAGGCCUUUGUGAGCCAUCAUCAGACAUGGCAGCUGCUGGGCUCUCUGAGGAUCAGCCACUCUGCUGCAUCUGCCUGGAUGUGUUCACCCAGCCAGUGGCUCUGCCGUGUCAGCACCACUUCUGCAGGACCUGCAUCACCAAACACUGGGACAACGCUGACAGAUGGCAGUGUCCCCUGUGUAACAGGGGCUUCACCAGCAGACCAGAGCUUCAGGUUAACACAGGAAUGUCUAAACUAAGUGAUCAGUUGGAGCUGCCGGCUCAGCAGACUGCCUGCUGCAGCUUGGAACCACGGCCUGAUGCAGGACAGGUUGUGUGUUGCGUCUGCUCCGAGGAGGCCCAGAUGUCCUGCCUGGUGUGUCUCAGCUCCUACUGCGAGACCCAUCAGGUUUUCCAUCAGAGGAUCCCAGGCCUGAGGAGACACACUCUGCUGGACCCUGUGGACGGACUGGAGGACAAAAUAAGCAACAAGUAUCAAAAAGCUUCAGAGAAGCUUAUGUGCCAUCGUGGCCUUUUUGUGUUGCUUGCAUGUUUUAUUUUAAUAAUUGCUGUUUGUUAUUUUGUAUUUAUUUAAUUUUGUUGUUUUUACUAAACUAUUUGGAUUCAUCUGGGUUUGUUGAUUAACUUCUUUUUUUUGCAUAGUUUUCUGUCCACCGUCCAGAAGCUCCCUGCCUCUCUGGAGACAGAAACUUGCCAUGAUGUUCGUCAUUCACUCCAAUUUUUAUCUUAUGGAAAACUGUUAGCCUCGCGAUUUUAUGGAAAGUGCUCUUUAAUUUAAUUUUUAGAAGGUUAAGUUUUGAUUCUGCUGAGCAGGUUAGACCACUAGAGGGCAAGAUGUUCUUGGGAAUCUUUUAAACUAUAAAUUAUGUAUAAUAUGAGCAGCCUUGCAAUUCUUUUACAUUUAUAAACUUAAACUAUUUUCUAGCUGGUUACUGAUGUGAUAUAGCACCUCACAGCAACAAGAGGCCAAAUCAGGAGAAGUAGUGUGUUACGUCUGCUCUGAAACCAAAUCAAAAUCUAGGAAGUGUGUGUACUUCAGGGACAAAAAAAAAAAAAUAAAAAAUACAGGAAGAGGGUUGGGGAACUUUUUGGGGCAAUUCUUUACAGACUCUGAUCAGUUCCGGCAUCUGGCUCAACCCUCAAGCUUGUUCAUGUUUUUGCAGCAGUAUCCAAAUGGUCGGCCAUGUUGGCCAAAAUCCUCAAGCUGAAAAUGUAGAAACUAACUCUGAUGUGAAUUCUAAAUAUAAAGUGCUCAGUAAACAUGGGGAGUUUUAAAUGAAAAGAAUAAUAUACAUACAUAUGUGUUGACAAGAAAUGUGUAAAUGUAUGUAGAUUCCCAACAUUUAACUAGUGUCUGGUGUAUUUCCCUAUUAAUAACAAUUACCACA